AUGCCAUAUCCUGAGGUGUCUGAUGUUCGCUAUUUUCAGAAUAAGCUAAUAGAGGAGGAGUUAGCAUAUGACACAAACGAGUUGACUCAUAUAAACUUAUAUACGGAACAAAAGAUGACUCAUGAGCAAAGAUCAGUAUUCGAUGAGAUACUCAAUGCUGUUAUUACAGACUCUGAUGGUUUUUACUUCGUUUAUGGGUAUCGUGGGUGUGGUAAGGCAUUUAUUUGGAAUGAACUUUCUUCUGCUAUUCGGUCUAGAGGAAAGAUUAUUUUAAAUGUUGCAUCCAGUGGAAUUGCGUCUUUACUCCUACCUGGUGGCAGAACGGAUAAUUCUAGGUUUUCAACACCCAUUACAAUUACUGAUGAAUCUACUUGCAACAUCAAGCAUGGCAGUUUAAAGGCUGAGCUGUUCAUCCAAAGUAGCUUAAUAAUUUGGGAUGAAGCUCCAAUGCUCAAUAAAAUGUGCUCUAAAGCACUUGAUCGGACGAUCAGGGAUCUUAUGUCAGUUGCCAAUCAACAUAAGCACAACAACCAUUUGGUGAUACUGAAUGUUGGAAAUGAAAAUAUUGGUUCUACUGUUGGUGAUGAGUCAGAAGUUAAUAUUCUAGAUGAUCAGCUAAUUACAACCGUUGAUGACCCUUUCUAUCAUUUGGUAGAUUUUGCAUAUUUAGAUUUGUUGUAA